AUGUCGCAGGGUAAAUUUUCGUGGGCGCGAGCAUGUCUGCAUGAUUACCUUAAUUUUAAACUGAAAUCCGGCGUAUUUCAGGACCUACUACAACUACCGAGCUGGUGGCUGGGCGAGGGCGCUGAGCAAACUACCGAUGUGCAAGUGGUGUAUCUGCCGGCGCUGUUACCGCGUGAGGCUCAGCAGUCAAGCGGCGGUAGCGACGAUGUGCCCGUUCCGUACAGCUUCGAUGCCUUCGGUCGGAGUUUCUCUCUACGCCUGGUCCCGAACCGGCGGCUAGUGGCGCGCGCAUUCGGCGUUUGGUCGGAGCGCGGGCGCGACGCGCCGCUGUCGGCGGUGGACGCCUCCUGCCACUUCCAGCAUGCCGGCGUCGACGCCGUCGCCGCCUUCUCCGCCUGCAAGGACCAUGCAUUGCACGGCCUGAUCGUCGUAGACAACUCAACAUACGAGGUCCGGCCGCUGCCGACGGGCGCCGGGCGGGCGGCGGACGGCGGGCGCGCCGCGCACGUGAUCCGCCGCGCGCCGCCGCCGCGCGCGCCGCGCGACGACGCCCGCACGCUGCGCCCGCGCCCACGCCGUCCCCGCGCACCCUACCCGCGAAAACCGCCCCCGUCCAGCUACACCAUUGAGAUCGCCCUGUUCCUGGACGAGGCGGCCUACAACACUUUCAACCCGUACUUUAAUUAUAAGGAGACUGAAUUGAGGGAUAUGCUAUUGGCGUAUAUAAAUGGAGUUCAAGCGCUCUACCAACACUGGUCCCUCGGUAUACACAUCCAGUUGUCCCUGGUGCGGCUGACGCUGCUCAGAGUGCAACCAGCGGCGCUGUCGCGGCACGCGGAGCGCGGCCGCCUGUUGGACUCCUUCUGCGCGUAUCAACGGACCCUCAACGUUGAGGAUGACCAUGACCCGGAUCAUUGGGACAUGGCUUUACUUCUGUCAGGCUUGGACCUGUUCUCCGAAGAAGGCGGACGGCGCAACGGCGUCACGAUGGGCCUGGCGCCGGUCGGCGGCGUGUGCCUGCCCGCGCACGCCUGCGUCGUGGCCGAGUUCGGUGCGGCGGACAUGCUGGGCCGGCCCUACCCCUCCGCCGGCUUCACCUCGGUCUACAUCCUCGCGCAUGAGAUUGGACAUAACCUGGGCAUGCACCACGACGGGGCGGGCAACUCGUGCGCGCGCGACGGCUACAUCAUGUCGCCGUCGCGCGGCACGCACGGCGAGGCCACGUGGUCCCCGUGCAGUGCAAGGGUGGUCGCUGAUCUACAGUGGGCCACGUGUUUGCUGGACGGUCAGGAGCCCGACGCGGAGGACGCGGAGGACGAGCUGCGGCACGAGCGCUUCGGCGGCGCACCCGGGCAAGUGUGGGGCGCGAAGAAGCAGUGCGAGGUGUUACUCCGCGACGCAGACGCAGCGCCGGCGACGGCGCCCGCCGCGUCGCUGUGCGCGCAGCUGGCGUGCCGAACGCCGCACCGCGCCGGCUUCUACUACGCCGGCCCUGCGCUGCCCGGGACUCCCUGCGGACAUCGUAUGUGGUGUCAGGGAGGUGAAUGUGUAUCGUCAGGCGGUGCAGAUAUCACAACGAAAGUCCCAACAGUGACAUCCAGUACCCCACGCUACAACGAAAGCAACGCUAAUGGACCGACUACUGCGACUACAAGCGGUUGGGGCGCGUGGCAGGAAGGCGCGUGCCGCUCGGGGUGCUCGCUGCGCUCACGCGGCUUCCGCGAGCGCCGCCGCGGCUGCGCCUCCGGGAGCUGCGACGGCGUCGGGUAUGACGUCGUUAUCUGUGACGACUCUAAGGUGUGCGGUAAGAAGACGCGGGUGACGGCAAGCGAGCUGGCUGCCCGCAAGUGCGCGGAGUACGCGGCGGUGCUGCACAGCCUGGAUGCGCGCGGCGGCGGCCUUCAGGCGCCCCACGACCCCACUCGGAUGUGGAUGGGGUGCGCGGUGUUCUGCCGGCGGGCGGCGGGGGGCGGCUUCUACGCGCCGCGGGUGGAGCUCAACGACAAGGGCCUGGACCCGUACUUCCCCGACGGCACGUGGUGCCACCACGACGGCUCGCAGAACUAUUACUGUCUGCAGCAUCACUGCCUGCCAGAGAACUUCAAGAUGAAUGCCCAGUUUCACAUUUGGGAGCUUCCAAGCGAAGACGUCGGCGGGGCAUUUAACGCGCGGGCGCGCAGCACCCCUGAGGACCCGGCGCUGGAGAGCUACUUAUCCCUGAACGGGGACGGCGUGCCCCUCACCCGCUCCGCCUUCCCCCCGCAGCUUCCAGACGAGCCCGAGUACCACUGGGAAGUGACGGACUACGUGGACCUGCCAACAAACAAUGACACGCUAAAGUCAUGAUACUCAUGAUCAUGACACCGCCUCGCACGCCUGAAAGGAUCCCGAUAAUAUAACUAAUUGGCCUGCCCGUUAUUUUGCAUUGAUAAGACCCGAUAUCUUGCCCAAGUAAGAAUAAGUUAGUUUUCGAUUGCGCUGGGUUAAGUACCUCAUUUAGAUAAUUAGUGUAUUUAUCAUAAUUUACUAUACAUUUUUAUUAGUUUUUAUUAGCAAUCAAUUGUGUUUGCAUUUAUUAGUUUUACAUUGU